AUGUUGAAUCCUAGUUCAAAAUUUACUCCAAAGAUCUUGGAACUGCUUUCCAAAAUUGCCAGCGAAACGACAUUGUCGCUGACAGAGCCAUUGAUGGAAUUCGUGGACAUUCUGACAGAGUCGCUAAUGUAUCCAAGAGGCAGCAGAGAGUCUUUGCUGGACGUAAUGUGUGGAAAUAUAGGCAGUCUCAAUGAAGCAGAAAUAGAAGAAAAGCAUGAUUUUGUUACCGAAGAGCUCGGUUUGGGUUGUUUACUGGAGACAGUGCAUACAGCCGAACUUCUACGCAAAAUGACAAGGAUGAGUAAAAACUCUAAUUUUGUUUUUGGACAGUCUGCGACGCUGGAGGAAAUCCAUUGCGUAUUGGUGAACCUACUGAAACAGCUCAGUGCCCAAAUUGAAAUCUGCUUUUAUCCCAAGUUCUACCAAACUCUGCUGCGGGAAAAUGUCACCCAUUUUCGCCGGGCGUUUGAAGCGCUACAAGGCCUGGACAAUAUCACUGCAAGACUGCUGAAAAAUGCAGAACAGCAAAGAACCACAGAGCCCGCGUUUUUAGAAAUCGACGCCAAGACUACGGAGUUUAUACGCAUUUUCACAGUAAGCAACGCCAAAUGGCACGAAGAGCUGCUGCUGGGGUCUCGAGCGCUUAAAGAGUAUCUGGCCGUGAAAAGCGAAAGCAAGAAUGUUUCAGCGGAUUCUGAGCUGAUAGAAGAAAUGUGCGACGAGGCUAUAGCUGUGGUGCGGUCUCCGGUGUUUGGCAACUAUGUGCGGGUGCGAAAGUCGAAACUAAAGAUAACGCAUCGGAAAAUAUUUUAG